GUCAACAGCAACAAGAUCUUUGCUCUGUGUUCACCCCAACUGAUUAUCUCUUUGUCUGUGGACCUCCAACAGCAACAAUGGGUGAUGCUCUCAUGGCCGAGUUUGGGAAGGCUGCUCACUUUCUGAGGAAGUCAGACAAGGAGCGCCUGGAAGCCCAGACCAGGGCUUUUGACAUCAAGACUGAGUGCUUUGUGGUUGAUGACAAAGUGGAAUAUGUCAAGGGGCAGAUCCAAAGCAAAGAGGGGGGAAAGGUGAUCGUAAAGAGGGAGGACCAGACUAUCGUGACCGUCAAGGAGGUGGACGUCCAUCCCCAGAACCCGCCAAAAUACGAUAAAAUCGAAGACAUGGCCAUGUUCACCUUCCUCCAUGAGCCAGCUGUUCUGUUUAACCUCAAAGAGCGUUACGCAGCCUGGAUGAUCUACACCUACUCAGGGCUGUUCUGUGUGACAGUGAACCCAUACAAGUGGCUUCCUGUCUAUGACUCUGAGGUGGUGUCUGCCUACAGGGGGAAGAAGAGGACUGAAGCCCCCCCUCACAUCUUCUCCAUCUCAGAUAACGCCUACCAGUAUAUGCUUACUGAUCGGGAGAACCAGUCUGUUCUUAUCACCGGAGAAUCCGGUGCUGGAAAGACUGUCAACACCAAGAGAGUCAUCCAGUACUUUGCCAGCAUUGCAGCAGUUAGUGGCGUUAAGAGGGAUCCAAGCAAGGGCACCCUGGAAGAUCAAAUCAUCCAGGCUAACCCUGCACUGGAGGCUUUCGGUAAUGCCAAAACACUGAGAAAUGACAACUCAUCACGUUUCGGCAAAUUCAUCCGUAUUCACUUUGGGACCAGUGGGAAACUGUCCUCUGCCGACGUAGAGACUUACCUUCUUGAGAAGUCCCGUAUCACCUUUCAGCUCAAAGCUGAGAGGAACUACCAUAUUUUCUUCCAGAUAUUGUCCAAUCAAAAGCCAGAGCUCUUGGACUUGCUGUUAAUCACCAACAAUCCAUAUGACUACUCCUACAUCUCCCAAGGAGAAGUAACAGUAGCAUCCAUCAAUGAUUCUGAGGAACUGAUGGCCACUGAUAGUGCCUUCGAUGUGCUCGGCUUUACUGCAGAGGAAAAACAGGGGGUCUACAAGUUGACAGGUGCCAUAAUGCACUACGGCAACAUGAGGUUCAAACAAAAGCAGCGGGAGGAGCAGGCAGAGCCUGACGGUACAGAGGCUGCUGACAAGUCAGCUUACCUAAUGGGGAUCAACUCUGCAGAUCUGAUUAAAGGACUUUGUCAUCCCAGAGUCAAGGUUGGCAAUGAGUAUGUCACCAAAGGUCAAGGUGUAGAUCAGGUCUACUAUUCCCUCGGUGCAUUGGCUAAGUCAGUGUAUGAAAAGAUGUUCAACUGGAUGGUGGUGAGAAUCAACCACUCCCUUGACACAAAACAGGCACGCCAGCAUUUCAUAGGCGUACUGGACAUUGCUGGAUUUGAGAUCUUUGAUUUCAACACCUUUGAACAGCUCUGCAUCAACUUCACAAAUGAGAGACUGCAACAGUUUUUCAAUCAUCACAUGUUUGUGCUCGAGCAAGAGGAGUACAAAAAGGAGGGCAUUGACUGGGAGUUCAUCGACUUUGGGAUGGACUUGCAAGCUUGCAUUGACCUCAUUGAAAAGCCACUUGGGAUCAUGUCAAUUCUAGAGGAAGAGUGCAUGUUCCCCAAGGCCAGUGACCAGACCUUUAAGGCUAAGCUAUAUGACAACCAUUUGGGCAAGAAUAGAAUGUUUCAGAAGCCAAUUCCAGGUAAGGGCAAGGCAGAGGCACACUUUGCCCUGCUCCACUAUGCUGGCACUGUUGAUUACAAUAUUUCUGGCUGGCUGGUGAAGAACAAAGAUCCAUUGAAUGAAACAGUGUGUGGUCUUUAUGCAAAAUCCUCCCUCAAGCUGUUGAGUCAUCUUUUCGUCAUCAUAGCAACGGAGGGAGGUGACAAAGCUGGUGGAAAAGGAGGCAAAAAGAAAGGGUCUGCUUUCCAGACUGUAUCUGCACUUCACAGGGAAAACCUAAACAAGCUGAUGAGCACCCUGAAAACCACCCAUCCCCACUUUGUCCGCUGCUUGAUCCCAAAUGAGAGCAAAACGCCAGGGACCAUGGACAACUGCCUUGUGAUGCACCAGCUUCGCUGUAACGGUGUGCUGGAGGGCAUUCGAAUCUGCAGAAAGGGCUUCCCAAACAGAGUCCUCUAUGGCGACUUCAAACAGAGAUAUAGAAUCCUGAAUGCAUCCGUCAUUCCUGAGGGCCAGUUUAUUGACUCCAAGAAAGCCGCUGAAAAGCUGCUGGGAUCAUUGGACAUUGACCACACUCAGUACCGGUUUGGCAACACCAAGGUCUUCUUCAAAGCAGGCUUGCUGGGUACGUUGGAGGAGAUGCGAGAUGAACAACUCUCCCGCAUCAUUACAAUGAUCCAGGCCAACGCAAGAGCCAUACUCAUGAGGGCAGAGUACCAGAAGCUUGUGGAACGCAGGGAUGCUCUAAUGGUCAUCCAGUGGAACCUUCGCGCCUUCUUAGGGGUUAAGAACUGGCCCUGGAUGAAGAUGUUCUUCAAAAUCAAGCCACUGCUGAAGAGUGCUGAGUCUGACAAGGAGAUGGCAAACAUAAAGGACGAGUUCACUAAGCUCAAAGAGGCCUUUGAGAAAUCAGAAGCAAGACGGAAGGAGCUCGAGGAGAAAGUGGUGAGUAUUCUCCAAGAGAAGAACGACCUGCUCCUACAAUGCCAGUCUGAGCAGGACACACUAACAGAUGCUGAAGAGCGCUGUGAGCAGCUCAUAAAAAGUAAGAUCCAAAUGGAAGCAAAAGUGAAAGAACUGACAGAACGUAUGGAGGAUGAAGAGGAGAUGAAUGCAGAUCUCACAGCAAAGAAACGCAAGCUGGAGGAUGAAUGCUCUGAGUUGAAGAAAGAUAUAGAUGACCUUGAGCUGACAUUAGCCAAGGUUGAGAAAGAGAAACAUGCCACAGAGAACAAGGUGAAGAACCUCACAGAGGAGAUGGCUUCCCAGGAUGAAAACAUUAUGAAGCUGACCAAAGAGAAGAAGGCACUGCAGGAGGCUCAUCAGCAGACACUCGAUGACCUACAGAGUGAGGAGGACAAAGCCAACACCUUGACCAAAGCUAAAGCUAAGCUGGAGCAACAGGUGGAUGACCUUGAGGGCUCCCUGGAACACGAAAAGAAAGUCAGAAUGGAGCUUGAGCGCUCCAAGAGAAAGCUUGAAGGAGACCUAAAACUGAACCAAGAGAAUUUGAUGGAUUUGGAGAAUGACAAACAACAGCUAGAUGAGAAACUCAAGAAGAAAGACUUUGAGAUGAGCAGCCUGACUGUAAAGAUUGAGGAUGAGCAGGUGGCUGGAGUUCAGCUCCAGAAGAAACUGAAGGAAAGCCAGGCACGAAUCGAAGAGCUUGAAGAGGAGUUGGACGCUGAGCGAGCAGCCCGAGCCAAAGUGGAGAAGCAGCGAUCUGAUCUCUCCCGCGAACUAGAGGACAUAAGUGAGCGUUUGGAGGAAGCAGGAGGGGCCACAUCUGCCCAGGUGGAGCUCAACAAGAAGAGGGAGAACGAAUUUCUGAAACUUCGCAGGGACCUGGAGGAAUCCACGCUUCAACAUGAGGCUACUGCUGCAUCCUUGAGGAAGAAGCAUGCGGACAGUGUGGCCGAACUGGGUGAGCAAAUCGACAACCUCCAGCGUGUCAAGCAGAAGCUAGAGAAAGAGAAGAGUGAGCUGAAGCUGGAGCUAGAUGACCUGUCCUCAAAUAUGGAGAGUGUGGUGAAGGCCAAAUCCAACAUGGAGAAGAUGUGCCGAUCAAUGGAAGACAAUAUGAAUGAGAACAAGACCAAGUAUGAGGAGGCCCAGAGGUCCCUCAAUGACUUCUCCUCACAGAGGGCCAGGCUGCUCACUGAAAAUGGAGAGUUGGGACGUCAGUUGGAGGAGAAAGAGUGCCUGAUUUCACAACUCACCAGGGGCAAGAGCUCCUACACCCAGCAGGUGGAGGAUAUGCGCAGGCAGCUCGAGGAGGAGGUCAAGGCAAAGAAUUCACUGGCCCAUGCCGUGCAGUCUUCCCGUCAUGACUGUGACCUGCUCAGAGAACAGUUUGAGGAGGAGCAGGAGGCCAAGGCAGAGCUGCAGAGGGCACUAUCCAAGGCCAACACUGAAGUGUCCACAUGGAGGGCAAGGUAUGAGACUGAUGGAAUCCAGAAAACUGAGGAGCUGGAGGAAGCUAAAAAGAAGUUAGUCCAAAGACUGCAAGAAGCAGAGGAGGCUGUGGAGGCUGUGAACGCAAAGUGUUCCUCUCUCGAAAAGACCAAGAGUCGCCUACAAAAUGAAAUUGAGGACCUGAUGUUGGAUCUUGAAAGAUCUAAUGCAGCAUCUGCAGCUCUGGACAAGAAGCAGAGAACCUUUGACAAAGUCAUGGCUGAGUGGAAGCAGAAGUAUGAGGAGUCACAGUGUGAGCUCGAGGGUUCCCAGAAGGAGGCUCGGUCUCUCAGCACUGAGCUCUUCAAAUUGAAGAAUGCCUAUGAGGAGUCCUUGGAUCACCUGGAGACCAUUCAAAGGGAGAACAAGAACCUGCAGGAGGAGAUCUCUGACCUUACUGGUCAACUUGGUGAGGGAGGGAAAAGCGCCCAUGAAUUGGAGAAACUUCGGAAGCAGCUGGAGCAAGAGAAAGCAGAGCUCCAGUCAGCACUUGAGGAGGCAGAAGGUUCCCUGGAGCACGAAGAGGGCAAAAUCCUUCGGGCACAGCUGGAGUUCAACCAGGUGAAGGCGGAUAUUGAGCGCAAGCUGGCCGAGAAAGAUGAGGAAAUGGAACAGGUCAAGAGGAAUUACCAGCGCAUGGUGGAGUCACUGCAGACCUCCCUCGAGUCUGAGACCAGGAGCCGCAACGAGGCCCUGAGAGUCAAGAAGAAGAUGGAGGGCGACCUCAACGAGAUGGAGAUCCAGCUUAGCCAAGCCAACAGACAGGCGGCUGAUGCCCAAAAGCAGCUUAAGAUUAGCCAGUCAUAUCUGAAGGAUACCCAGCUGCAGCUGGAUGACUCUACACACGGGAAUGAAGACCUGAAGGAGAACAUUGCUCUCUUGGAGCGCAGGAACAAUCUGUUCCAAGCAGAGCUGGAGGAACUUCGGGGUGUUCUUGAGCAGACAGAGCGUUGCCGCAAGCUGGCCGAACAGGAGCUCACUGAAGCCACAGAGCGCAUGCAGCUCCUGCACUCUCAAAACACAGGCCUUAUCAACCAGAAGAAGAAACAAGAGGCUGAUCUUCUCCAACUGCAGACCGAGGUGGAGGAAGCUGUACAGGAAAACCGCAAUGCUGAAGACAAGGCCAAGAAGGCCAUCACCGAUGCAGCCAUGAUGGCCGAGGAGCUGAAGAAGGAGCAAGACACUAGCGCCCACCUGGAGCGUAUGAAGAAGAAUAUGGAGCAGACCAUUAAGGACCUGCAGCACCGUUUGGAUGAGGCAGAACAAAUCGCAAUGAAGGGUGGGAAGAAGCAGCUCCAAAAGCUGGAGUUACGCAUCAAGGAGUUGGAGAGCGAGCUGGAGGCGGAGCAGAAGAGGGGCACAGAGUCAAUCAAGGGGGUGCGCAAGUACGAGCGGCGCAUCAAGGAGCUCACCUACCAGACGACGGAGGAUCGCAAGAACAUGGCUCGCAUCCAGGACCUGGUGGACAAGCUGCAGCUGAAGGUGAAGUCCUACAAGCGCGCCUCCGAGGAGGCAGAGGAACAGACCAAUGCCAACCUGGCCAAGUUCCGCAAGCUGCAGCAUGAGCUGGAGGAGGCUGAAGAGCGAGCAGACAUCGCCGAGUCCCAGGUGAACAAACUCCGGGCCAAGACCCGGGACGGGUCCGGCAAGAAGGGCUUGGAUGAGUGAGGAGGUCCCAAAAGAGCAAUGUCACAGGACACCUUCAUCGGAGUUCCUGCUGUGUAUUUGAUCUGCUCUCACCAGCAGUGCAAUCCUCCCUCUUCGGCACGAGUGAAGUGAGUUUGGAAAAUAUGCAUUAUAGAAAUUAUUUUCAGAUGCAAACCUUAUAUGUCUAAACUCAGAAUCAAAUAGGCUUCCCAAAAAUGAUAUGAUCACUGUGAUAAAACGUUUAAGUUGAUAUGGUAUUUUCUGCAUUUUUCAAAGCCUCAUCAGGUAGGUAACAGCUGUCCAUGUUAACCGGAUUAUAAGGGAAAUCGAUCUUCUUGCAAAGCAUGUGAAUGUUUUAAUCAAGCUAUUAUAGUAAUGAGAGCAAUCACAAUAAUCAUAUUAUUGAAUGCAUGUACCUAAUUAUUUAAGAGGAAUAGGCUUCAUUGGUUUAAGAAUACACACCUAAUUAUUUAAAGAGGAAUAGGCUUCAUUGGUUUAAGAAUAC